GGUGGCGCCGCCGGCUCUGUGAGGGCAGAGCGGCCGCGGGGCCGGCCAUGCACCGGCGGCCCUGACAUGGGCGCCAGCGGCUCCAAGGCUCGGGGCCUGUGGCCCUUCGCCUCGGCGGGGGGCGGCGGCCCAGAGGCGCCGGGCGCAGCGGGCGCUGAGCAAGCUCUGGUGCGGCCGCGGGGCAGGGCUGUGCCGCCCUUCGUCUUCACGCGCCGCGGCUCCAUGUUCUAUGACGAAGAUGGGGAUCUGGCUCACGAGUUCUACGAGGAGACAAUCGUCACCAAGAACGGGCAGAAACGAGCCAAGCUGAGGCGGGUCCAAAAGAACCUGAUUCCUCAGGGCAUCGUGAAGCUGGAUACCCCCCGCAUCCACGUGGAUUUCCCUGUGAUCCUCUACGAAGUGUGAGUCUCAGCAGGAAACUCCCUGGCUCAAGGUGUGGCUUCCCCGAAGAACCCAGGCCAAUGCACCACCCGGAAUAAACUCCUCUGUGAGCGGA